AUAAUUAUAACGAUAACAUUUUCCAGGUCAAGUGGCGAACAAGAAUAUUAUCUACAUUAUUAUUAAUACGUCUGUGGGUGGAGUUUCGUCUGGAGAUCACGAAUCAUGCAGACGUACACAGCCUUGAUGACAUUAUCUAGCAUCAGCAGUGUUGACCCUUUAUUUGCCUAUGAUUACAAAAACACUUUCAGUAACUCUUCACGUCGUUUAGCAGUCGCCUGAAUUUCCGGCAAUUCUUGCCAAAAUGUGGAUCAAAAAGUCGUUUUUCGUUACCUAAACAAGAAAAUGUCGUCGCUAUAUCCCGAAAUCUUGAUGGAAUCCGCUGUGGUGCUGUGGUUCGCAUGCCAGAUAUGCUUGAAAUUCGGACUGCGCAUCCUUCCGGAAUGGCGAGUCAGUCGAUUGGACCCCAACCGCUUCAACUACUUCGAUUCCCUGCUAUCCCUCUCUGGCCUUAAGGUUAACACAUGCUUCUGGGAGGAUGUCAUGUCGGGAUGGGUGCAGCCGUAUCCAGUCACCGUUGCCCGUUCCAAAUCGGCUGGAAUGGUGGUUGUCCCGGCUGCGUCGACCGUGGUCCUCGGCUACCUGGCAACCGUUACGACCAUUCUCCUUACGGCGCUCUUGGGAAUCUCCUUGUGGUAUCUGGUAUCUGCUAAUCGCAACUGGAUGUCUCCCGUAUUGAAGCGUCAUCUGUGGCGCUGCCGUGGAGAGGUAGCAUUUGCCCACCACCAUAAGAGCAGUCCAUUGGCCGGCGGAAUUCUGCAUGAUUACAUAACGGUCCUGCCGCAAGUGCUGACCAGCGCCGUCAUCUUCGUCGUUUUUUAUGCUUCCUGGGUAGUAGUCAGCGUCCUACCGGUAAUGUUGGCAUGGAUGUCGGUCAUACUGGCUGUAGCCAUAUUUGGCCCAUCUGCGGUGUUUCCUGGCUGUAUCCUCUUUGCAGUCCUGCUAACCGCUUACUGCAAUGGCAGGAUCUGGGGAUUGUGGAUGAAUGACACCUAUUUUGCACUGAUGAAAAAGGCAGUCAGAAUGUUGACUACUGCGAAAUCCACCGUCAAACCUUUCUCAGACGAUCCCUCCCAGGAAAAGGCGUUCGUAAGCGCAAAGAGCAGCCUUGAUGAGCAAUGGAACAGCAUUAUUUACAGCUUGUUAUCCUUUAAUUUUGGAUGUAUUGCCGGUUAUUAUAACAUCUGGCCUUUGUAUCAGCGAUUUUCCUGCGAUAGUCAAGCGCAAACCGAAACCGAAAGGACUAACUGGACCUGCUGGCAGCGGGUCAAUACGACGGGAAUCUGUAGCAACUACGGAACAAGAUUUGAUCAAGUGACCGCGAUGCUGUCGUACUGGGUGGACCUUCAAUCCCAAGAACUACGCUCGCAGCACACCGCCAACUCCGCGCUACUGACCAGCUUCACUCCGUCUUUCCCCUUAGCCGUCGGCUCGGUUCUCCGGGUGUGGUGUGGGGUGCUGUUCGCCGUCAGCAGUGUACCGUUUACGGUCCUGCAGUACGCGGAGGGAAUUACCCUUGGCAUCGCCGCGGUAAUCGGUGCGGGAUUACUGAUUUACGCCUGUGUCCGUGCCUGCUAUAAUAAAUGCCGCCGGGGUUUCCCGUCUCAGCGUGAUGUGGAGACGGGCGACAGAGAUGAAUCGCAGCUGCUCUCGGUUAGCGUUGCCACGGAAAGGAAGGUUAGCGUGGUAACGGCUGAUACGUGUACGGAACCAUCCCAACAUCCUCAAUGCGGCAUCGCUUCCAAACACAAUGCGCAAGGGUGUGUCCAACACACCUUUAAACACCCCAUGCCGCAGACCACCGAGACGACAGAACCCUUUUGCCUGUGUGAGCCACUGGUCAUGGCUUGGUCAGGCAUCGUGGUUACCCAUGGUCCGCUGGUCUGCGGUUGCAUCCUCCCGUAUUCCCUGGGGGGAUUGUUCCUCCCGGAAUAUCUGCAACUGCCUGGUCUCCUGCUGCUGUUAACGGCGUGCGCUAUUUGGAUGUACUGUCAGCUGGAAACGUUGGCAUGGCUGAUGUGGUGGGGUGUGGACAACGUUGUAAAGGGAUACCGAGCAGACGCCGGUGGGAACGGCAAUGUGCUGAGCGGUCUCCAUAGCUCCCAGUGAUCGCUACCGUCCCAAAAUAAUUUGACCGGUUUUCCCGCUGACACCAGCCCAUCAAUGCUUUCCCGUAAAGCGACCUCUUCGCCAUUUCCUGAAGGGCGGCUUCCCACAAAGCCCUUACUGCUUCCCUGUAUAAUAACCGGCUCAAUUAUUCGCCUAGCAAGUACUCGUAUAUUGUAAUUUUAACCUCUUUUACUUCUAACCGAAUUACUGCCGCUUCACAUCUUCGCUGUGUUUAGGCUACUUAUCUGGCGUUUACAGUUUCUUGAUACUGUGCGAUGAUUGUUUUGUUCUGCUAGCUGUUGAUAAUUUUUAACUGCAUUUUGUUUUUUGUUAAAUGCGAGUGUUGCUUCCAGUCUUACAGAUGUGCAUCAUCCCGAAAGAAAGGCCAUUUGUUUGUACGAAAGGCCAUUUGUCCCGUUACGAUUUAUUUCAGCCAGUUUAGCUUAUAAAAUUUUUUUAUUUGUUUAACAAGUACAAAUGCGU